AGUUUGCAAAGCGUUUGCUUGUCUGGAUUGGACAUAACUAUGUAAUGACAAACACGUUUUAAUUGUAUUUACUUUAUAUUUUACUUGGGAUAUGGCUGUGGUAUUGUUUACAUACAGUAUAACCUUCAUUGUAUUUUCUCUCUCAAGUGAAGCUUUGAUGUUAUAGGAGAUUAUAACAUUAUCCUGUGGAUAAUCUGCAUGAAAUGAAGAUUUAAUGAAUCAUGUAAUUAUCAUGUCAAAACUCUACAGCACUUUUAUUCUGGGUGUAGUUGCUUUUUGGUGCUGUUUUGCGAUUGAACAGUAAUUUAAAAAAGAAUUUGCUGUUAUUAUACAUGGCGGUAUAAAUCACAAGAGGUCAAACAAAUAACUUAAUUAGAAACUCUGAGAUAUGUCCUCUUUGAUUUUCAGUUAUGAAAUUGAUUUGACUGAAAUCCAGUUUUCUUCAUUUAAGUAGAAAGACUCCUGUUUAGUUUUUGUCACAUGUUGAGGAACAUCAGUUUAACUCCUUAUUUUGGUUGUUGGGGUACUGUUAUUAUUAUUUUUUAUUACCAGGACACUGUUAUGUUUUCAGUCAUUGAUUUUUCAGAUUUGUCACAAAAAAAAAAAAACUUUUUUUUUGUUUUUUUUUUUUUGUUUUUUUUUUUUUCAGUUUUGAUAUCACAGAAUUGUGCUAGCUAACAAAUGUGGUGGGUAAUUUUAAUUAGAAAGGUAAAAAGACUAUCAUUAAGUGACCCACUAUUCAUCCUUUUAUGUACACAUUUAGAAUUUGAUCGUUGUAUUUAAAAAUCUAGUUGUUACACACUAACGAGUCCCAAAGUUACUUCCCUUCUUCGUUGAAAAAACAAAAUAAAUAGUCUCUGGAAAAACUCUUUGAAGGAUGCGGCUCGUGACGUCAGGAGGGCUCUGGCGCUCUGGCUCACAAUUGGUCCAGGGAUGCUGCGCGAGAGCGCUGUCACCCGAACAGCAGACGCGCGCUGACCAAGACUCGCGUCUUUUAAACAAAAUCUCCUGUUUUACACUCCAAAACAAACGGAUUGACAGCGAUAACCGGUGCACACCCCGUCCAAAAACUUCCACCUGAGACUGGAACGAGGCAAGAGAAACAAUCACGUUUCAACUCUCUCUCUUGUUCUGCGUGUGAACCUCGGUUUGUUUAUGUUUUCGUAGUUGGCCAGCGCGAGGCAACGAUUUCGACAAUGUUUUUGGAGAGGGCGCUGCGCGUGAGUGUGUGAGCGAGAUGGUUCGCUGAAUACACAGAGAGACAUCUCAAGUGUCGAGUGCGCGCUAAUAAAUAGACUUGACUGAUCUGAAUGGAUUUUUAUAUUUAGAGCUUUAAUGCGCCGCUUCUCCAGUGGACGGCGAGGCAGAAACGGACACACGCAGCAUGGCAUUUUUAUGACAUUUAAAGCUCCAAGAAACAUACGGACGGCUCGAAGAGGAGACGCUGUCCGUUUGAAAGUGGUUUUCGGUGCGGUUUUGCGGUGUAAAUAACUCCAGCCGGUGACAAAAUUAUGGCUGGCGGUGUAGUUCAGCAGAACGGGAUCUUCUCCGCUCCUCAGCACCUCUCACAGUCACCUCACAUGGACUCGGACCCCGCCGAUUCCCGAAAGAGACCACUGGAAACACCGACCGAAGCGAGCAGCACCAAGCGCUCCUACACCGGAGAGGAGGGUGAAUAUUUCCUGAAGGUGUUGAUUCCCAGCUAUGCUGCUGGUUCGAUCAUCGGUAAAGGGGGACAGACCAUCGUUCAGCUUCAGAAAGAGACCGGAGCCACCAUCAAACUGUCCAAAUCUAAAGACUUCUACCCAGGUACGACAGAGCGUGUUUGUUUGAUUCAGGGUACAGUGGAAGCGCUAAAUGGAGUCCAUAACUUCAUCGCUGAAAAAGUUCGUGAGAUGCCUCAGAGCAGUCAAAAGACCGAGCCAGUCAGCAUUCUCCAACCACAGACUACUGUUAACCCAGACCGCAUUAAACAGGCCAAACUUAUCGUGCCCAACAGCACUGCAGGGCUCAUCAUCGGUAAAGGUGGGGCUACAGUUAAGGCUGUGAUGGAGCAAUCGGGAGCCUGGGUGCAGCUUUCUCAGAAGCCUGAGGGCAUCAAUCUGCAGGAGCGCGUUGUGACGGUGAGUGGGGAGCCAGAGCAGAACCGCAAGGCUGUGGAGAUCAUUGUUCAGAAGAUCCAAGAGGACCCACAGAGCAGCAGCUGUCUCAAUAUUAGUUACUCUAACAUCACUGGUCCUGUGGCCAACUCUAACCCCACCGGUUCCCCCUUCGCCAACUCUACAGAGGUCUUACCCAAUGCCGCAGCGGCAGCUACGGCCUCAACACUGCUUGGCCAGGCGGGCCUUGCAGGCAUGGGAGGGUUCCCUGCCACUAUGUCUAGUCUCUCCGGUAAUGAUCUGCUUGCCAUUACGUCUGCCUUGAACACUUUGGCCAGUUAUGGCUAUAACACCAAUAUGUUGGGGCUAGGCCUCAACCCGGCCGCUGCAUCUGGAGUUCUUGCUGCUGUUGCAGCUAGUGCCAAUCCUGCAGCUGCAGCUGCUGCCAACCUGCUUGCCACAUAUGCCAGUGAGGCCUCUGGAGGGGGCGGUCACCCUGCAGCACCUAGCUUAGGGGGAUUCUCACUGGGCUCUCUAGCAGCCGCCACAGGGGCAUCUAAUGGGUACCUGAACCCCUCAUCCCCACUGGUGGCAUCGUCUCUGCUUGGCACAGAGAAGCUGGCAGAAGGUGGAAAGGAGGUGGUUGAGAUCGCUGUACCGGAGAACUUGGUCGGUGCCAUAUUGGGAAAGGGUGGCAAGACUCUGGUGGAGUAUCAGGAGCUGACAGGGGCACGAAUUCAGAUCUCCAAGAAGGGAGAAUUCAUUCCAGGCACACGCAAUCGCAAAGUGACCAUCACGGGGUCACCUGCGGCAACACAGGCAGCCCAGUAUCUCAUCAGCCAGCGAAUCACAUAUGAGCAAGGGGUCCGUGCCACCAACCCUCAAAAGGUGGGCUAGAGAUGGACCGGAGCGGGGAGGGGAACAACAAAAAUGGGAAGCGAAGGAAAAGUGCGAAUGAAUAGAUGACUGGAUAAAUGAAAGAGAGGAAGAAUGGGAUGGGUUGGAGCAAAAAUCAUGUCCAAAUAUUUCAACACAAAAUAAGGACAACGGUGGGGGGGGGUCAGAAAGAACUGUGGAGAGAUAAUCUGUUUGGGGAGAAAUGUGAUAUUUUGUGACUGAAAUUCUGCUGUAUUUUUAAAAAAAUUUGUUUAGUUGUGUAGGUCUGAGUAUUGAGCCCUGGGGCACUCAGAGAAGUCUCCUCUCUCUUAGCCGGGGUUUUUUUUUUUUUUAUUCUGUUUUCAGCUGUUUGCUUCCAUUGCAGAUUCCUUACAGUUUAGUUAAUUACCUGAUCCACACCCAGAGCAAGGACAUUUUUUAUUGUUUUGAUAUUAGUGAAUUCAGUCUCCACAACUAUAGUGUAGGCCUGAAAUGAAACAGUUAUCUUGUUGGGUCAGAUACUGAGAAGAUACCUAUGAAGGAUUUUACUAACUCAUGAUUUGCCCCUUUUUGUUUUCAACUGAGACUUAAUCUGAAACACCUGCUGAAAGCUUUCGAUCUGCAUUACAUAACUGGAUCUCUGUGAUUAUUCUCCAUCAUGGUUGGUUCACACAUGGUCACACCAAGUUUCUUUUAGAUUUACUCAAACCUGUGAUUCCAGGUUGACCUGAAUGUAUAAAGACUUCCUGAUAUUGUUGGGGUUUUUUAUAUGUAAAUUGAGUAUCAAACUGAGAUACUGUUUAGAGUAGAUACCUAAACUUCAGCCACAGACAGAUAGAAUAUGUCAAAGGUCAGAUACUCAACAUUAGAGGACAGGAAUGUAAACCACACACAAACAUCACACAGACACACACCUAUACACAUCUAUAUAUCCAAAAAAACAAAACAAAAAAAACUUGCAAGUGCAGUUUCAUAACAAGAUCCCACUUUGGUGCUAUAAGAAAACACAUGCGAUCAAAUUUUGAAGAGAUUUUGUUGUCAUAUCUACUGAUUUUAGGAUUUAUUGAGUUUCUUGUAGCCCUCAUGAGGAAUUACAGGGCAUUUUGUGACUGACAAUGAGUGGAUAUUCAAAAGAUCACACCAGAAGAGAGACAAAACGUCUGUUUUGACUAACUAACUUUUAUCUACAGCUAACGUUUGGACACACUACCAAGGAAUUUAAGUCCUUAGAAUCCUGAACUUGAAAAUAAUUGGACCUGUUUAGACAGAUGUACCUCUUAACUCCUCCUCUUCCUCUGAUUGGAGGAGCCAGGCAAUGUCUGUGCCUGUUUCGUUCGAAAGGAGCUCAGGUUGUCAUACCUCAUGUUUGAGAAGGAGAACGAUUUACAGUUUGUAUGCAGUGCAGCAAAGUCUUGGGUGCAUUACAAAUGUCGCCUCAUUCACUUCGCGGUUUAUGCCUGUUUGCAUCAGGCUGGCAACAGAGGUGCAGUUAAGGUAGCGAAAGAGAUUCUAAAAUGCCGUACAGCUUUUGUGACCUGUUUGAACUAAAUCGAAGGCCAGAGGAUACCACUGUAAUGACUGUCAACCUUCAGCCUUCUUCUGUACAGCAGUGUUACUGCAAGGCAAACUCUUGCAGAUGAACUGAUCUCAUAUCUGCUUCGUAUGAGAAACCAAAUGUCUAACAACAUUGAGACUGCAGGCCAUUGUGUCAGACACACGGCUCCUAAAGUAUUGCUGGAGAGUUAUUUGCCCACCGCCUUUUCCACUGAUCAACAGGUUGUUUUUUGGUGCACCGAAAGGUGGUGAUAGUUAAUCAUUAGUUUAUUCCACAGUUGUACACUGCAUCAAAGUGUUACGCUGCUAAAAGCAUUUUCGGUCUUGCCAGCAAUUGGCUCUUGCAUGGAGAGUGAGCAGGAGCUCCUGUACAGAGCGAACGAUCGUCUCUGAACCACACUGUGAAUCCAGCGGCCUGACGCCAUCGCAACUAUGGAAUGUACUGUACAUAUUUCACACCAUCAAGGGUGCAUCUGUUAAGACACAGCAUGACGGAAUAAAGCAAUGAAACCGAGCGAGCACAAGAACACGGGCUACAAGGCCCCGCUGUAGGAACGACUACCUGUAGUUUACCUUGCUCUUUCGCCAAACUGGAGGUCACCAAGGGUCAGAUUCCCCCGCCGCGCCCAGUCCUGUCAUUAAUUAGCAGAUCACCGUUUGAACCCUGGACUUCUAUAUAUAACGACACUGCACAGCCCAAUCUACUGCUGACCUACAUACACACUCUAAAAGACAUUCAUCAUCUCCCUUCAACUACCAGCCCUCUAAUUUACUCUGUAUGGGGGGAAUGGAAAUGUAGAAAAAGGAGGGAAGAGACAGAGAGAGAUAUAGAGAGGGGGAGAGAGUGACCUAUUUAUAUCCAUUGCAUAAUUGCAUGGAGUAUUACCAUAAAGUGUUUCCCAUCUCUUGUGAUUGCUGUUUUUAAAUAAAGUUUGAAAUGCAGUGCCAUACCGUACAGUUCAUAUAUUCUCUAUAAUGAUUUACUUGUAUUUGAGUACCAGCCAAAAGACACCAAGUUCUCAGAGUAUUAGUUAUUCUGUUUGGAGAUCAAACUAUGUACCUGAUUUCAGAAGCACAAGCACUAGAGUUGGUGCAGCAAUAUGAGGGUAAUAUGAUUACUGGCAAGGGAGAUUCAUUUAUAUUCGGAGAAAUACAAUUAAUUUUGUUGAAUAUAAACUUGGUUUUUAGAGAUUUUGAUUAUACACUCAUGACAUUAGGAGUAAGUCCUUCUCACUCUCUCCUAGUCUCUUGUCCUCCCUCUGUCUUUGGACUACCUCUUUUUCUUCCAGUCCUCUAUCUUAGAGCCCCUUGGGUCUUGCUCUUUUACCAGUUCUGUUUUCUUUUUCUCUGCUCCUAUCCCCUCUCGCUUUCUUCCUCUCCAGGAUGCCGGUCGCCACGGAUGUGUUGUGUGUGUGUAUUGUGGAGGUUGUGUCUCUCUGCAGGGGUCGAAGGGUAUUCUGCCCUGUGUCGUGAACACCAUACCUCUGUAAAAAUACACCACAUAGUCCAACAUUAAUACUCAUGAUUAGAUUCUCGUGCUCUCAUUGAAGUUCUGCCUGAUAAUGAUUCAUUACUUUAGCUAGAACAGGGAAUCUGUACGCUGAGAGAACGUAUAGAGAUGUAUCAACCCAGAGGAAGGUUUUUUUAACUCUGGAAAAAAAAAAAAAAAAAACUAUAACGCAAAGGAGAUGGACGUGAUAGCCACCUCAAUCUAAAACGAUGACGCCACUAUUGUUUGAGCUCAGUGUUCUCUCUCCUCUCUCUGAGAGCUAUCUAUGAUCAUUACUGCAUUUUUCCUUCAUUUAAAAAAAAAAAAAUGAAACUGUGGAAUCCGUCGCGUCUCAUGUUCUUUGUGUACUUUGGUGUAGUUCCUCUAGUUUGUGGUCUAAAUGCAGUCUUGCGCUGUUGGUUUCAGUGUGUGAUUUAUUCGUUAUACUCAUGUGGAUGAUGAAAGUGCCAAUCAAGCCUGGUUAAGAUUAGCUUUGCGAUUUGUUUGUGCAUUAGAGUUGCUCUUUUUGGAGUGCUGGUGUCCAUAUCUAUGUCACUGAUAAUUUUAGAUCGACUUAAAAUGUAAAGAACUAUUGGAAGCAAUAUUGUAGCAUGUUGUCAAGUUUUGUGUUUUGUUAUGUCUGUUGUAUGAGCCUUUGGAUUUACUACAAAUUUUGAAUGAAUAGGUUUACAUGUACUUUUUGUAAUACUGUAAGUUGAAAAAAAAAUUAAAAAAUGCUGCUAUUUGAUAAGUGAAAUAUAAAGAAAUAUUUUAGUUGGAAAAAAAAAAUGUCUGGUCUGUUGAUUAGGAUUGUGCUUGUUUUUGACCAGGGGUAUAAACGAGGUGUAUCAAUAUUAAUUACAUAGACGCAGUAAUAAUAGUCAACCUGUGCCAAAUUAGACCUUCACAGCUUCUCAACAUGUAGGUGUGUGAUGAAACAUUAGAUAUCGAUUACUUAUUUAGAAGCAUUGAACAAGUGCCAAUCAAUCAAUAUCUUUUAGUUCAAAUGAAAAGAUAAUCAAUGAAGGAAAAAAAAAAGACGACAGCGCAAUGUUAGUAUUGUUUUACCCCAGCUGCAUAGACUAAGAGAAGAAUUGUUUUAUGCAUCCAUAUGGUUUUAAUACAUUCAGUAGGGGCAUCCUGUGCAUUUGUUUGACCUGUGGCUUCCGCACUGCUUUUAAGUCAUAUUGUCUCUGUAGGUCGGCAUGGAGUAGACAUACACAUUAUACACAUGUUAUUAAGCAUUCAUAACACAGCCAUUUAUGAAAGUGUGUUUUGUGGAUUUAGGUGUUAUCUUUUUGCACGUCUCUAUUGCAUGAUAUCCAAGUGAAUUAUUGAGGGGUGGGAAAUCAAAACAAACAGACAAGCAAACAUGAAAAAAUGUACAAAUUGUUCUGUGUCUUGUGUUGCUCUGAGACACAGUUCUGCAUGUGUCCUAAACGGAGCACUCUUUCUUUUUGUCACUUCAUUUCUUUUUCUCUGGUUUGUACUGCUUAUGUUUUUUCUCGGUCAGAUGGGUGUGUCUUGUAAAGGCCAAUACACAUAGGCCUAAGAACUGCAGUGUAACCAUGGGAACUGGAGUCAAUCAGGAAUUUAUGAAAGCGAGAGGAUUCCAGUUUACGACAAUGAAAUGUGUAUGUGUGAGACUCCAUCUCUCGGCCUCUAAUUUCAGGGGGAAAAUACCCAUGCAUGGUAAUGUCAUUUCAAUUCAGUUUUUUUGGCUAUAUUGUCAUAUUUUUUUCAUACGAGGAAUUGCAUUCAUUGGUUUUCAGACUUCUCUUGUUUCUCAGCUUGAUUCUCCUAACCCCACAUGUAAUUUAUGAAUGUAUUUACAUUUGCAUAAACUGAAACAAAAUGUUAUUUCAAUGUUAAAUGUCUUUUAGGUGUGAUGUUUACGGCGGAGGUUGUAAAGUUCAUGUAGCUCGAUCAUAUCUGUCAGUGUUAGGAAGGCCCAGAGCCACAUUAGCACCCAAGUUCAUUUCUCUCUUCCUGUCUGCUGAUGCAUCAAAUGCACUUUACUGAGCAUUAGGUCCCAUCACAAACACACACAGUGUAACCUUCUACUGGAUGCAAAACUGAACCAAGCAACCUGUUUUUAACAUGGGAAAACUUUGACAGAUAUAUUGUUGUUUUUCCUGUUGUGUUUUUUUAUUAUUUGCAUUCUUUGGUCUUUGUAAAUGAGUUGUACUUUUUUAAAGUGUGUUUAUUUUUGUAUUUUUGUUCAUUUCUGGGAGGAGAGGUCAGAAGGAGAAUGUAUGAUAGCUGUCCUGCAUUCCACUGUCUCUCCUACUACAUUCCCUUCUGUGAGUGUGUCAGAGAGCGCGAGUGAGAAAGUUUGCAUGGGUGUGUUUGUGAGUGUCUAGAUAAUGACACGCAGACACUAUUGUUACCAUUGUAAGUGCCAAUUGUGUGAAGCUGAACUGCUUUGAAAGGUGUUAUUUUUGAUUUUCAAAACUGUACGUUCUGUUCAGUUUAGAGGAAUGGAAAAUAAAUUGCAGUAAC